AUGGAUAGGAGUUCCUUGUUUCAGCUCAUACAGGAGCAGCAACUGGACCCAGAGAACACCGGUUUCAUUGCAGUGGAGAACUUCACCAGCCUGGUGGAGCAGCAUGAGCUGCAGCUGGACCCCUCCAAGCUGGAGAUGCUGUUCGCCCUGGUGCACAGCAACGAGGAGGGGCAGGUGUGCUACCAGGAGCUCAUCGAGCUGAUGAGCAGUAAGCGCUCCAGCAGUUUCAGGAGGGCCAUUGCCAACGGGCGGCGCACGCUGCAGAGGGACAUCCUGCUGGAUGAAGCCGGCCUGGGCGUCUACAAGCGCUUCGUGCGCUACGUGGCCUACGAAAUCCUGCCCUGUGAGACGGACCGGCGCUGGUACUUCCACCAGAGCCGCCUGUGCCCGCCGCCCGUCUUCAUGGCCGUCAUCACUGUUGUGCAGAUCAUCGUGUUCCUCUGCUACGGCAUCAUGCUGAACAAGUGGGUGCUGCAGACCUACCAGCCGGAGUUCAUGAAGAGCCCGCUGGUGUACCACCCCGGCCACCGGGCGCAGGUGUGGCGCUUCUUCAGCUACAUGUUCAUGCACGUCGGGCUGGAGCAGCUGGGCUUUAACGCACUGCUGCAGCUGAUGAUUGGGGUCCCCCUGGAGAUGGUGCACGGCAUUCUACGCAUCAGCUUGCUGUACAUGGCUGGGGUGGUGGCCGGCUCACUGACGGUGUCUAUCACAGACAUGAGAGCUCCGGUGGUGGGAGGCUCCGGCGGAGUCUACGCUCUGUGCUCCGCGCAUCUGGCCAACGUCGUCAUGAACUGGGCUGGGAUGCGGUGUCCAUACAAGCUGCUCCGAAUGAUCCUGGCACUCGUGUGCAUGAGUUCGGAAGUGGGCCGCGCCGUAUGGCUGCGCUUUUCCCCGCCACUGCCCUCCUCCGGCCCCCAGCCCAGCUUCAUGGCUCACCUUUCCGGGGCUGUGGUGGGCAUCAGCAUGGGCCUGCUGAUCCUGCGCAGCUACGAGGAGAGCCUGCAGGGCCAGUGCUCCUGGUGGGUCAUCAUCUUCGCCUUCGUCACCUUCCUCCUCUUCGCCAUCUUCUGGAACAUCUUCGCCUACGAGCUGCUGGGCGUGCAGAUCCCCCCUCCUCCCUGAGGACGCGCACCCGUUAUCCCCC